AUGGAUGAAGAGAGUCUGGAAGCAGCAAUUCAGACCUACAAUGCCCAGCUGCAGCAAGUGGAGCUGGCCUUAGGGGCAGGCCUGGACCCGUCGCAGCAGUCGGACUUGAUUCAGUUGCAGGAAGAUUUAAAGCAGCUGAUAGAACUGACUGAAUCCAGCCUGGUGUCUGUUAAAAAGAGCAAACUUCUGGCUACGUUAGAUACAAAUGCCUCCUCUUCCUCCUCCCCAGUAGGUCUUCUGGAGCAGGAUGCCAACCCAGACAGUUCUGCCCAAGAUGAGGAGUACGCUGCUUUUAAGGAAGCCAUUGCUGAGCUUGGAACGGAUGAGAAGCCCUCAGCUAAUAACAGGGAGAUACCCUCAAAGAGAGAGGAAGAAACGGAUGACAAAAAUGAAUCACCCUCAAAGAGAGAGGAAGAAACGGAUGACAAAAAUGAAUCAAAGUACAGCGAAGAGGAGGAGGAAUCUGACAGAGAAGAGGAGGAACUGAGUGGGAUGAAGGUUAAAGCCCCCUACUACAGUUCUUGGGGGACCCUGGAGUACCAUAAUGCCAUGAUUGUGGGGACAGAGGACUUAGAAGAUGGCAGCGCUGGAGUCAGAGUGCUGUACCUCUAUCCAACUCACAAGUCUCUGAAGCCGUGCCCGUUCUUCUUGGAUAACAAAUGCCGAUUUAAAGAGAACUGUCGGUUUUCGCACGGUCAGGUGGUCUCUGUGGAAGAGCUUCAGCCGUUUCAGGAGCCCAACCUGAGCACGCUGGAGGUGGGCUCAGCCUGCCUGGCGAAACACAAUGAUGGGAUAUGGUACACUGCGAAAAUAACCGACAUCGACAGUGGUUACUACACUGUGAAGUUUGAUUCCCUGCUGCUCAAGGAAGCUGUUGUGGAAGGAGACAGUGUCAUUCCCCCACUGCGAAGUGAAGAUGGUGCCUCAUCUGCUGAGUCUGAUGAAGACAGCGUUGAUGAUUCUGGUUAUGCCAAAGUGAUAGAUUCGGGAGCUCCAGAGAACGGGGAAUGGACUCCUGCGUGCAGUUCCUCUUUCGGUGGCUGGGAAGCCCAUACUCGUGGUAUCGGCUCCAAACUGCUUGUUCAGAUGGGAUACGAGUUUGGAAAAGGGUUAGGGAAGAAUUCUGAGGGCCGCGUGGAGCCGGUGCAGGCUGUGGUACUUCCUCGAGGGAAGUCUCUUGACCAGUGUGCUGAGGUGCUUCAGAAGAAGAAACAGGGGAAGCUGGACCCAGGCAAAUCGAGGAAAUGCCGAGCAAAGGGAAACAUCUCUGGACAAUCCCCUGCGGGUGGUCGUAAGCCUCCCCGCAACGUGUUUGACUUUUUGAAUGAGAAACUGCGAGGGAAGAGCGCUGGGGAGAAGGCUGGAGGGAUGGCACUGCCAGAGAGGAACAGCAAAGAGAUCUACCAUGCUAGCAAGAGCACCAAGAAAGCCCUGAGUGUCCGCCUCUUCCAGACAAUGGAGAAGAUUGAACAAACACAGAGGGAUAUCAAAGGAAUCCAGCAGGCCCUGGCACGCAACAUUGGACGGCACAGUGUUGCUACAGCUCAGCUAGAGGAGAAGCUAGCUAAUGCGCACAAACAGCUGGGGCAGCUGCAGGCCCAGGAAGCCAGCCUGCAGCGGGAGCAGAAGAAAGCAGACACGCAUAAGAAGAUGACCGAGUUCUAGUCUCCGAGGAAGGCGUUUGACUGCAGUGAUUGUCCUUCUAGCCAGCCCUGGUGGCCUCAGAGCCUGGGUGAGCCGUCCUGCUCCUCUGGGCCUCAGGCCGCCCAGCUUGAAAACUGGGCUGAAAAGCAGCAUUUUCUAAACUUAAAU